UGAAAUUUAAAACCAAAUUCGAAAUCCGCCCGCAGCUGUUGUUCCGUUAGGAGGCUCCCCCUCACCCUGCUCUGCUCUGCUUCGACUUGCCGUGCCCUCCCGUGCUUUCUUCCCUGACUCCGGCGACCGGCGGCGGCGGCGGCGGCUAUGGGGGUCAAGAACCUCUGGGAUAUCCUCGACUCCUGCAAGAAGAAGCUCCCGCUCCAGCACCUCCAGAACAAGAAGGUGUGCGUGGACCUGUCCUGCUGGCUCGUGCAGCUCUGCAGCGCCCACCGCUCCCCGGCCUUCCUCAAGGACAAGGUCUACCUCAAGAACCUUUUCCACCGCAUCCGCGCCCUCCUCGCCCUAAACUGCAGCCUCAUCUUCGUCACAGACGGGGCGAUUCCUUCAGUCAAAUUGGCUACUUACAGGCGUCGGCUGGGAUCAACUGCUGAGGCUGCUCGAGAGGAUGCGAACUCACAACCAUUGACUUCACUGCGUCGGAACAAGAGCUCGGAAUUCUCACGCAUGAUUAAAGAGGCGAAGCAUCUCGGGAUGGCCCUGGGCAUCCCUUGCUUGGAUGGAGUGGAAGAAGCGGAAGCACAGUGCGCGUUGCUAGAUUUGGCCUCCUUGUGUGAUGGUUGUUUUACAUCAGAUUCAGAUUCAUUCCUUUUUGGUGCACGGACGGUUUAUAGAGAUGUUUUCAUAGGAGACAGUGGUUAUAUCAUUUGCUACGAAAUGGAAGACAUAGAGAAAAAGCUUGGUUUCGGCAGGAACUCACUGAUAUCACUUGCAGUGCUUCUUGGUAGUGACUAUUCCAAUGGAGUUCAUGGUUUUGGCCCGGAAGCAGCAUGCCGGCUUGUUAAGUCUGUAGGGGAUGAUGCCAUUCUUGAUCAAAUUCUGUCUGAUGGAGUUAAAGCUACAAGAAAAUGUAAAGGAAAAAAUAGUGGCAUUAAUGCAGGAAAGGCAGGUGGCAUAUGCCCAAAAGCAAGUACCUGCGAGGUUGGAACAAGCCAGGGCUCUGGUGGUCAAUUUCGUGAUGUAAUAAAUGCAUAUCUGGAGCCAAAAUGUCAUUCACCAGAUUCAGAAGCUGUGCAGAGGGCAUGUAGCCAGCGUCCAUUUCUUCGGUCACAGCUGCAACAAAUAUGUGAGCAAUACUUUGAGUGGAGCCCUGAGAAGACUGAUGAAUAUAUCCUUCCUAAGAUAGCUGAGAGAGAACUUCGAAGGUUUUCCAAUCUUCGCUCGACGGCUUCAGCUCUAGGAACGAAACCUUUGCUGAGUGAGAUUCCAGUACCAUGCCCCGUACUGGCAAUUGUGAAGCAGCGAAAAGUUCAUGGAAGCGAAUAUUAUGAGGUUUCAUGGAGAAGCAUAGAUGGGCUCCAAGUUUCAGUUGUUCCAGGGGAUCUCGUUAGAAGUGCAUGCCCAGAAAGAAUUACUGAAUUUUUGGAAAAGAAGGAUGAGCAUAAGAAGCAAAAGAGGAGAGCUAGGCCAAAGAAAUCAGCUCAAGCUGCAGUAAAAGAUGUCGAUGCGCAGCUCCAAGAAUUGCUGCUUGGCAUUGAAUCUGAAAGCAGUACAUUUCCAUCUACAACCAGUGGCCCUCAGACAGCAGAUCUACGCACUGUGGCACCAAUCAUGGAUAUUGUAGAUCUGUCUUCUCCAUCUCCGCCUCUACGAGCUUGUAAGAUUGCAAGAUCCAGAAAAUUUAGUGAAUCGGCCACAGUAACCAUGGAUGGGAUUAAUCUGCAGUGCCAAAGUCUGGUACCUGGAACAAUGGAGUCACAGGACAGUGCCCGUUUGUGUGUGGAGGCACAGAAUUCGACACAGGAUAACGACCUGGUCGAUUUAUCUUCACCCUUGCCUUGUGCUGCUCAUAAACCCCAGGCGGCUCAAGGCUUGCCACACUGUGUGGAUGCAGAAAGAAGAGCCCUCCCUGAUAUAAGCAAUUUUCCCGAGAAAGGCAGCAUACUGGGCGCUUCAUGUUACAAGCACGAAGCUGGAGCAAGCAGCAGUGAUGUGCUGCUGGAAGCAUCACCCUUGUCCGGCCAUGGAACCAGGACGGCAGCUACAGCUGAUUGUUCAUGGAGAAGCGAUGCAGAGAAUAAUGCAGUAGCAGAAGCUGCCGCGAUAGAUCUGUCGUCUCCUUCACCAGUUAUAGGUGUUGGGAAACUUGCGAGUUGGGAUAAAUGUAGAAGUAAUAAUGCUAAGAAUGACACGGAUGUUAUAGAGAUUUGUGAAGCUGAUGCUGGCAGUGACCAGUCUCCUGAACAUGAGAGGAAAGCAAGAGAGCUGAGAUUGUUUCUACGCAGUAUAAGAGACGAAUUGUAUUGAACAAUGUGCGUUGAAAAUGAAGGAACAAGUAUUAUUUCCACUGUAAA